UAUUAUCUGCCUGUGCGAUAUAUCUAUCUCACUAGAACUAGAACAAAUCGAUGUCAGAUCUGACUCUUGCAGAAAGAGCCCAUAUCAAUGAACACUUUGCCAAUGACAAAAGAACAUUCGAUCAAAUCAUACUCAUGCAAAAAGUAGAUGGGAUUAUCUACAAUCGCGAUAAAAAGGAGUUUAAAAAAGAGUCCUGUAAAUCUUCACCAAAAAUUAUCGUUGUUACCAAAUUCAAAUUGGUAUUUUUCAAACGCAGUUUUCUGCAGAAGUUACCAUUUAUUCAAAGUGAAUUUUUUUUCCAGCAAUUGAUGGAAAUUGAUUCUGAGGCUGAUUACUUAGAUCUUCGCUUUAAAAAUCCAAAGCGGACAUUCGAGCAGGACUACAAUAUAUUGAAUAUAGAAAAUACGACUUUAGUAACUAUAAAAUCACAGAAUAUGGAUGCCAUUAUUAACGCUAUUUUAGAAAUAAUCAAUAUAAUUACAUACAAUGCUGAUCCAGAAUACGCUGUUUUUACUAAUUCAGAUAUAAUCAACAGGAAAUUACUGUCUUUGAAAUGCCAAAGAGAUCCGGUUGAUGUGUUCAAGUAUAUCUACUGGAGUGUCUCUUCUGCCAACAGAGUACCUGCGAACCCUGCGCUUACGAAUCACAUUGAAAAACUAUAUGAAAACAACACAACAGAACUAGACUUAUUUCUAUGCCCUGGGAUCAAAUCUUGUGGUAAUAUGAUCUUUGAUUUGAUAUCUCUUGGAAAAUCUCUCAAGUACAACACCCAUUUCACCUCUAUCAAAAGUGAAAAUCUUAUUCAUAAGCAAAUUAUACAAGCUCUCGCUGAGGCAAUCAAAUACAACAAGACCUUGAAAAAAAUAGUUGUUCGAAAUUCAGAUGCAUUCUACUCUUCUGACCUGAGUGUAGCUCUGAGGCUAAACAUUCAUCACCAGAUCCAAAUUUUAGAUAUUUCUGGAACCAAAUUUGAAGAUUCUUCAUUUUUAAGUCUAACAGACGCCAUAAGAGAACUUAAAUCACCUAUGAGAGUACUGGGGCUGGCAAACUGCCACCUAUCUGAAAAAAAACUACUGUUACUUAUUUACAGCUUUCAAGCUAAUUGGCCAUUUUCGCUUAGUUUGGAGGAAAUAGAUUUAAGUGGUAAUUAUUUCACUGGAAAAGUUUCUAAUAUUUUCAACGCAUGGCUAUCUAAGGUUGCAAGCUACUCGAACUUGAAAAGAAUUGCCCUAUCUAAUACAGGUAUAGAUGGGCUUACUUUUUUCCCUUCAAUUAGACUUCAUCUCAAGCUAAAAUUCCUAGAUUUAUCUAAUAAUGACCUUUCAAAUGUUUCUCAAUCUUGUAUAUACAAGGAUUGUCCUGGAUCCCGCUACCUAAGGGUGUUAAACCUUUCAAAUACGAAUAUGGAUUUGGAUGUUUUUUCUAAUUGGUUGUACUCAAUGGCGUUUGAUGAAUCUGCUCAAAGCUCUUGUAUUAAGUUAGAAAACUUUAUAAGAACUGAUAAUCUGGUAAAAUUUACUGGUUCUUUAUCUAUUGCAAGAAACCUAUCGACCCUUGAUUUAAGCCGCAACAACCUAAGUCCAAACUCAGGUAUUCAAAUCCUCAAUGCAUUGAAUUUGAACUUGAAAAAGCUCUAUCUCGAUUACAAUUUUUCGGCGAAUGGAAGCCGUAAGCUAAUCUUGAGGCUGGUCGAGUUUAUAACAGACCAAGUGAAUCUGGAAGUACUAUCUAUCGCUGGGUUCAAGGGGCUAAACAAAGACCUGGACCCAAUCAGAGAAUUGGCAAAUGCACUAGGUCAAAAUCAAUCUCUUAUUGAACUCAACAUUUCUGACAAUUUAUUAAAAGACAAAAUUUUUUCGAUUAUAUGCCUCGGGUUAAGUACUUCAAAAAUUAAAUAUAUCAACUUUUGUAAAAACGGCCUCACAUACAAUGGAUAUUUGGCAUUUAGAGAUUUGGUUAUGACUAAUAAGAAUAUCACAGAUUGGGAACUUCCAUCAAUCAAACUAGAAAAUCCAUAUGAACCAAUUUGGAAUGUAUGCAUGGAUAUUCAAAGGCUUCUAUAUAACAACAUAGGUGCAACAGGCGCCUUCGAACGAAGAGAUGUAUUUUCUUGGUAUAAAAAUUGGAAAAUUCCGGAAGCACCUGCCGUUUUCCCAGAACUUCCAGCCUACUUCUUGAAAAUUUCAUUAGCUGGGCCCCAAAAUGCUCAAAAAGUCGACCAAAAUAGUUCAGUUGAGGACGAACCAGAUAUCAACACUGGUAAUAUAAAUGAGAAUGAAGAUGCCUCAUCGAUUCCAGAUCAUGAUAUAGUUGACCAAGUGACUCAAGACAACGAAAACAGCCUCACAUCUUCAACAAUUACCCAUGAAGAAGACAACUCUGUAUGCCAAAAAGCGCAAGCUCAUGACGAACAAGACGUUACUGACCGUUUAACGCAGCACAGUGAUGAGCAGAGUGAUGACGAUUACCUAAUACAACACAGCGGUGAACAAGACGAUGUUGACUGCACAACUCAAUAUAGCAAUGAACGAAGUGAGUAUUGUUCAACACAGGGUGAUAAUGAAAAAAACAAUAUAUAUUUGACAGAAUCUGACAGUCGACAAAACAGCGAAGGCCACUAGAGAACUGUACAGCGAUAAACAAAAUAGUGACAGUCGUUCAGUACAAGACAAAAAUGAACAGGAAAAUAGUUUUUAUUUGGUAUAUUAUGAUAGUGAGCAGGAUAAUAACAACGGUUCGAUCAGUAUACCAAUCGAACAGGGAUGUCGAGUAAUUAACACAGCAUGACAAUCAAUAAAUAAUUUUCUCAUAUAGGACAAUAGCUUAAUCACACCGAUAGAUCUUGCAUGACUACGCUAAGAGUUGCGAUCUAACGACUCAAAACAAAGAAAAAUCAGAUAUACCCUAGAACAGUUGAUUUUGUCAUGAAAAGAUAUUCAUAUUCUAGCGAGUUAAA